AUGGGAAAAUGUCGACCUGCAAUUGUGGCCAAACCGUCUCGUAACGACGGCGUGUCGUCAAAUAGAGCGCUAGACGGAAAAGGGGGUUGGGGACGAGGUCCCUCAGUUAUAGGUGACACUCAAGAAACUUGCUGGAUCAGAAGGGAAGGGGACGUGGUUGAUGUGCAAGAGCUAUUUGGAUACAUUGGCCUCAUCAAUCUUUAUGAUUUUCAAAUGGAGAGGACUCAUAAUAGCACAUGCUUUUGGGUAUUAUCUUACUUUCCUGGAGUUUCAUCUCUCACAGCAAUGCUUUCCGAUGCAGGGUGGCCGCAGAAUGCCAUGGGACUGAAUCUUCUGUUGAGUUUUCAGACCCGCAAUCCAUUGGGGAAGUUGUGCUGCUAA